AUGACUCCGAGCGCGAUCCAAGAACAGGCCCGGAGGCUUCUGAAAGAGGUGCCUCUGAUCGACGGCCAUAACGACUUUCCAUACAUGAUACGGGGAUGGUUUCGCAAUGACAUCAAUGGCCAGGAUUCCCACCUGUAUGAUAUGCCAAUCGGCCAGACUGAUAUCCAGCGUCUACAGCAGGGGUUGUUGGGGGGCCAGUUCUGGAGCGCAUUCGUGCCCUGCCCCAAGAACGCAGAUCAGGAGGUCGGCAGUUUAGAAGCACUACGUCAGACGCUUCAACAGCUCGAUGUGAUUCACCGAUUGAUCGAGACACACCCGACAGUCCUGCAAUUCGCCGACUCGGCAGCCAGUGUCUGGAGCAGCUUUCGCGCCGGCCGCGUCGCGAGUUUGAUCGGGGUGGAAGGCCUACAUCAGAUCGCCAACAGUGUCAGCGCCCUGCGCAUGUUGUAUCGACUGGGCGUUCGCUAUGUGACGCUGACGCACAAUUGUCACAAUUCCUUUGCAGAUGCGGCGACAGUAUCCCCGGAGCUCCAUGCAGGACUAUCCUGCAGGGGAGAACGGCUGAUUCAAGAGCUCAAUCGAAUGGGGAUGAUGAUUGACCUCUCGCACACGUCCCACAAGGCCCAAACCCAAACGCUGCAGCUUUCUCGAGCACCGGUCAUCUACUCUCAUUCCUCCAUAUAUAGUCUCUGCGCACAUGCUCGCAACGUCACCGAAGAGAACCUGCAACUGCUGCAACGCAAUGGAGGCGUGAUAAUGAUCUGUUUCUUGCGCGAGCUGCUCGCAGUCGAAGCUGACCAGGCCGCGCUCGCCCAUGUCCUCGAUCAUAUCAUCUACGCUGGGACGCGCAUCGGGUACGAGCACGUCGGCAUCGGGUCCGACUAUGACGGGAUGCUCCGCGGUCCUGACGGGCUGCAUGACGUCUCGUGCUACCCUGCCUUGGUGGCCGGGUUGCUUCAGCGCGGAGUGGCAGAGGAGGACGUCAAACGGGUUAUGGGAUUGAAUGUCAUUCGCGUGCUGGAGGAGGUGGAACGUGUUGCCGCAGCGCUUCAAGGCGCGGGGGAAGAAUGUCUGUGGGACGAGUUUGACGAGGUGUGGAACGAGAAUAUCAAGGGGCAAUUGACGCGCGAGCGAGAACGAGGGAGGAACUUGAAUUGCUUCAAGAGAAUGGAGUCUGAUUAG